UCAUCAGAUCUAUCUCCUUUGAAUCAUUCGGUUUUUGAACCAACUCCCGCAAAGUCUGUCACCUCAGCAACAACUGGGGGUUGAUCGGCGCUGGAGCUCCUAGCUAUAUAUUCUCAGUCCGACUCUCCUCACACACCUCAUGUCCACUACAGCCAAGCUGAAUUACGCGACCCCCCCUGCUGACGGCUCUCGGGCGUUUACCCAAGUUUACCCCGACCCAGUGACCGGAGAACGGCCACGGAACUGGCAGGAAGACCCCCACAUCGUCGAGAUCGAGGACAUCCGCGGGAAGGAAGACAAUUAUACCUUGGAUGUUGCUGGAUUCCAGUACUCCCGCCACUCUGCCAAGCACACCAAGUUCACAGAUGAUGAAGAGAUCAAAGAAGAAUACUAUCCAGAGAGCAUCGAGCUCAUCAAGAAGUGUACUGGCGCUAGCAGAGUGGUUAUCUUUGAUCACACUCUUCGCCGCAGGCGUCCAGGAGAGAGUGAUACCAGCCCGCAGAAUCGCCAACCUGUUAAGCUGGUCCAUGCCGAUCAGACAAUGGCAGCUUCCAUUGCCCGGGUCCACAGGCACCUUCCCGCCACCGACGUACCUGCUCUUCUUCGCUGUCGUUUUCAGAUCAUCAACCUGUGGCGUCCAAUAUCUCACCCAGCAGUCGAAUGGCCCUUGGCUGUUUGUGACUUCCGUAGCCUUGACACAGAAGCAGAUCUUAUGCCGACCUCAAUAAAGUUCUACGAGCGAGAGGGUGAGGUAUACGGUAUUAAAUACAACCCUGAUCACAAAUGGAUGUACAAGAGUGCCAUGGAUCCAGAGGAUUUUGUCCUGCUUAAGUGCUUUGAUUCCAUCCAAGACGGCAGUGUUGCUACUUUGGUGCCCCACAGUGGAUUUGAGGAUCCGAAGACUCCAAAAGACGCGCCAUUCAGAAAGUCCAUUGAACUUAGAGCUCUAGUAUUCUACGAGGAGAAGUGAGUGAUGUAAUGGAUUAAUUAGAUGAACACCAAUGGAAGGCGCUCUCCUGUUCCCGUGGAGAGUAUACCAUUGUUAAUCUGGUUCAGAAGGAUAUUGUCCCAUGUACGUUGUAGUAGUUGAUGAG